AUGUUAUCAGAUGAUUUCAAUUUUUUUCAUUUUACUGUCUUUCUCUCUCUCUGUCUCCCCCUGUCUGUCUGUCUUAUCUAUCUAUCUAUCUAUCUAUCUAUCUAUCUAUCUAUCUAUCUAUCUAUCUAUCUAUCUGUUCGUAUCUAUCUAUCUAUCUAUCUAUCUAUCUAUCUAUCUAUCUAUCUGUUCGUAUCUAUCUAUCUAUCUAUCUAUCUAUCUAUCUAUCUCAUUUUUAGCCUCCCACGGCUAGAUGAUUUCAAUGUUUUCCUUUUACUUACUUUCUUUCUUUCUUUCUUUCUUUCUUUCUUUCUUUCUUUCUUUCUUUCUUUCUCUCUAUCUAUUAUCUUGUUCGUAUCUAUCUAUCUAUCUAUCUAUCUAUCUAUCUAUCUAUCUACUCAUUCUAUUCAUAUAUUUAUUUAUAUGCAGAAUUUCGGCAUUUGUCUGGCCGUUCCGUCUCCCGUGGUUCUACCGUGCACUUCCUUUCUUUCUUUCUUUCUUUCUUUCUUCUUUCUUUCUUUCUUUCUUUCUUUCUUUCUGUCAGCCAUCAUGGAUUUUUCUUUCUUUCUUUCUUCAUUAACCCAUAAAAGUUGCAUUUUCCCUUUUCUUUCUUUCUCUAGUCAUAUUUUCUUUCUUUCUUUCUUUCUUUCUUUCUUUCUUUCUUUCUUUCUUUCUUUCUUUCUUCCGCUGGUCACCGUUCUUUUCUUUUCUUUCUUUCUUUCUUUCUUUCUUUCUUUCUUCCGCUGGUCACCAUUCUUUCUUUCUUUCUUUCUUUCUUUCUUUCUUUCUUUCUUCCGCUGGUCACCGUCCUUUCUUUCUUUCUUUCUUUCUUUCUUUCUUUCUUUCUUUCUUUCUUUCGUCUGCUGGUCACCGUCCUUUCUUUCUUUCUUUCUUUCUUUCUUUCUUCCUUUCUUUCUUCCUUUCUUUCUUUCUUUCUUUUCUGGUCACCUUUCUUUUUUUUUCUUUCUUUCUUUUCUUUCUUUCUUUCUUUCUUUCUUUUCUUUCUUUCGUCCGCUGGUCACCGUCCUUUCUUUCUUUCUUUCUUUCUUUCUUUCUUUCUUUCUUUCUUUCUUUCUUUCUUUCGUCCGCUGGUCACCGUCCUUUCUUUCUUUCUUUCUUUCUUUCUUUCUUUCUUUCUUUCUUUCUAUCAUCCGCUGGACACCGUCCUUUCUUUUCUUUUCUUUCUUUCUUUCUUUCUUUCUUUCUUUCUUUUUUCUUUCUUUCGUCCGCUGGGUCCUUUUCUUUCUUUCUUUUUCUUUCUUUCUUUCUUUCUUUCUUUCUUUCUUUCUUUCUUUCUUUCUUUUCUGUCAGCCAUCAUGGAUUUUUUUCUUUAUAAUUCUUUCUUCAUUAACCCAUAAAUGUUGCUUUUUCUCUUUUCUUUCUUUCUCUCGUCUUAUAUUUUCUUUCUUUCUUUCUUUCUUUCUUUCUUUCUUUCGUCCGCUGGUCACCGUCCUUUCUUUCUUUCUUUCUUUCUUUCUUUCUUUCUUUCGUCCUCUGGUCACCGUCCUUCCUUUCUUUCUUUUUUUUCUUUCUUUCUUUCUUUCUUUCUUUCUUUCUUUCUUUCGUCCGCUGGUCACCUUUCUUUCUUUCUUUCUUUCUUUCUUUCGUCCUCUGGUCACCGUCCUUUCUUUCUUUCUUUCUUUCUUUCUUUUAGUCAUCAUUGAUUUUUUUUUUAUUUUUUCUUUCAUCAUUUACUCAAACACUUUUCUUCCUUUCUUUUUUUCUUUCGUUCUUCCUUCUUGGCUUUUUUUCUCACUUUCUUUCUUUCUUUCUUUCUUUCUUUCUUUCUUAUUUCACUUCUUCCCUUUUUCUUUCUUUCUUUCUUUAUCCAUUUCUCAUUUUUCUUUUCAUUUUAGUUUUUCCGUCUUAUUUAUUUAUCCUUCUAUUCACAUUCCCUUCUCCAUCUUAACCUGCCAUCUUUACUCCCUUUUUCUCUUCCGACUUCCGCUCUAG